UAUUUUAUCAUCUUCAGUUGCCCCCUUCACCCCGAUGAUCCGUCACCUUUAAGGUCAAAGGAUCAGUGGGGUGACGGUCCUUACAUAUGGAUAUGACGGAUUCAUGCAAAGUAGAACGACGGUCCUAGCUGGAUCAUCCCGUCAAAGGAAGAAUCAUCCAGUUGACGGAUACAUGGCAGGUACAAAUCUGUUGGUACGUACUGACAGGUUGUCAGCAUUUAUUAAGCAUGCCACGUGUCACUCUCUGAAUGGUCGUUGUAUAGGAUCGAAGCGUCGCUUCGUCUUCCGUGCACUUCCUAUAUAUAUAAGGCGCCUCACUCUUUCAUUUUUCAAUUUUCACUCAGAAAACACUUGUCAGAGCGAAGCCGUCAACCCUGUCAGAGCAAAGCCGUCAACCUUAUCUGUGCAAUCCGUCGAGGACGAAUACUCGCUGAUUACACCAACCGUCACCUGUCCUCUGCUAAGUUUGGUAAGUGCUUCUAAUUUACUAUAGUCAAGUUACAUUCUCUUCCAUGCAUUGUUGUUAGGCUUUCCAUACCCGUCAACACUUUCAAACCCGUCGGUCUUAGGUUUUAUUGUCAAUUGUAGGAAAUGUCUAGUGCGUCAAGUAACCAGUCGGUGGUUCGUGAUGGGACGGAAUACGAGGAUGUAUACCCGUCCGGUCAUAAAGACCAAGAGAGCCCCGGCGAAAGUAGGAGUCCGUCUGCCUCCUCUUCAUCCUCAACAAAUGAGGAUGUGGAGAUAGUCGAAGUAGAGGGUUCCGAUGAUGACGGGGAUCAACAACUGGAGUCCGUUGUAGGCGCUGAUGGACUAAGGCAGUUCAUCAUGUUGCCAGAGUGGACUGUUCAUAGGUUUACAUCCGUCAUCAGGGAGAGACAUUUCAGCACCUUCAGGACCAACUUCCAAAUCCCAGACUAUGUCUCCAUCCGUCUACCAUAUGUGUCGGAGAAGUGUUAUUACGAAGGGGUAGACGGUGUAGGAGUGUACGAACAGGCAUUGAAGGCUGGACUUCGAUUCCCGCUUUCUACCCUUCAUAGGGAACUCUUGCAGUAUCUGGGGUUGUCCGUCACCCAGAUAUCCCCUAACGCCUGGAGGGUCUUCAUAGCCAUGGAGAUUCUCUACGGUGCAAUGUCAAACGGGGAAAGGAAAUUGACGGUCCGUGAAUUUCUUCACUGUUACCGUCCAGACGAGAUUUCUGGAUCGAGGGGGAUGUACAGUUUUGCCAGUCGGAGCCCCUUGUUGAAGGUGAUCUUUGAGACCCCAGACUCAAAUAGAGACUGGAAGAGUCGGUACUUCUUCCUGGAGGGUGAUAGAUGGAUGAACCAUCCAGGGGAGACGGAGUUCAUGCCCGUCGACACAACUUGGGCAGUUAUAAAUCAGACACGUAUGCAUCCGUCUAAAUUUUGUGUUGCUUUUCAUAUCCGUCCAGUUAUAUGUGUAUAUCUUGAUCAUCUUUCUUUGCAGGUAGACGGCGCCCACAAGUCAGCCUCGAGGAGUUUAGCUUCCUUGAAAAGGUUUGCAAGAAGACUACGCCGGAGGAAAGGACUUGGGCGAAGUUGGUGAACCCGAGGACCAUACAUUGGUACUGCGACGGUCCUGAGCCCACCCAAGAAGCGAUAAGAUACGACGAGCGAGUUCACAAACAGAUGGAUGACGCAAAGAGGAGGGCUUUGAUCAAGUCCCAAGCCGUCAAGAAGAGGGAAUCCGGCGAGGAGGUUCCUAAGGCAUCAGCUUCAAUCCCUAAAAGGAAACUGACGACAAAAUCCGACCGUCCCUUUAAGCAACCAAAGGUCUCUCUUGAACCUGUGGUUGGCUUAAUGGCUGAGGGUAACAAGGCCGU